UCUCGCUAUUGCGAGCUCACCUACAUCGGUAUCUAUAUAUUCCGUAGUUCAAGGAGUCUCAGAGGCUUGCUUCUCUUUCUUCCCUCUGGUCAUGAUCACGUGGAGAGCAUGCCGAGAGUCGAAGUCUUGGCUCUUGACUGGGCAGUAUGCCUGCAAUGUUGGACGCAAUCUGGAAGAAUACUCGUCCAGGAAUCGAACGAUGAUUCUGUCUAUCUCCGACAUUCAUUGCUCAUGGGUUUCUUUCGCUACAUCUUCUUUCUAUAAGAUGUCACAAGCUGGAAAAGUUGAGCUCGUCAAACCUAGCACCUCAAGUGUCGUGUUAAAGACUCUCAAAAGUAGAACUCCAUCUUCCUUGCUAGUUGUUACCUCCAUCGGGGUUUCUCGAAGCUUGUUGCCAUCUCCUCCAUCGGAGAAAUUGCACUGCCCUUGCAAUGAAACAUAUCGGCUUGAGUUACCGCGGUCGGCUCCGCUCUCCGCAUUCAGUCUUUUAUUAAUCUUUUGCUACAUGUUUGUGCUAUUGUUUUGGGAUUGUACCGUUCGUCGAUAUUCUUUUCAGCAUCUAGCCUCGUCCAAUCUGGCAAUCCCAAGGCAAAUUUUGAAAAUGGCUCUCUCCUCCAAGAAAAUGCAAUUAAAUUUCUUUGACGCUGCUUGCACGGGUAGUCAUACGGCAAUUGGGCAAUAGAAGAGUCCCAAAGACAAUUCUCGAACCAAGGAACGAUUAGAUUAUUGGCUCUGGCUGGCCAAGCUGGCCGAGAAGGGAAAGAUCACAUCCAUUUUCAUAGCUGAUAGUUAUGCUAGUCACAAUAUCUAUGGUGGUUCAGCGGACGCUUCUUAUAAAGGCGGCUCCCAUAUUGGAAAACUCGAUCCUUUGAUGACGGUAUCGGCCAUGGCUGCAGUCACGAACUCCGUGUCAUUUGGUAUCACCGCGAGCACUUCUUACAUCCGUACGAAACACAUCCUUUUUCUCGAUUGCAAUUAACGUUCUUGUAACGCCGUACAUACUAGCUCGUACGUAUUCAUCACUAGAUCAUCUCAGCAAUGUAGGCUCUAUCUAGCGCAUCCACGCACUACAUUUGUCCCAUUCAUAAUGCUGAUCAUCUGACC